GCUUUGUUUUACCGACAGCCAUCUUACUGAAUAGAUCAGAUCACGAGGGAAGAAGGGUAAUUUAGGGCUUAAAAAAUCGAUUCUUGAUUGGUAACAUUUGUACAACAGAUCAAUUUCAAAUUUGAACUGUGCUCAGUGGCGGAUUUAACCGUUUGGGGGCUCUGAGUUUCUAAACGAUCUUUAUCCUCCGGGUGAUCUGCCGCAAGAUACGCACUAUACGAUGUAAACGCAAGGAUCCUCCACAACACUUCAGAAUUCAACAUGGAGCGCUCGAUGGCCAUCUCGAACAUUCUAUACGCGUUGAUUCAACAGACAUCGUACCAGCCAAACUAAGAUCAUUGUCCCAGUCUUCGCCUACCAACAAACGUAUUUUAUGUAAUUCCGAAGAUCGUUCAUCAAGCUUUUCGACAGCCACCUCCCGGCCCCCAUAGCUUUCCGGGGUUUACAGCGUCAUUAGCGUCGAGGUCACUCUUAUACGCGGUGAUUAGCGAGAUGCUCCUAAUAAGAAGACACGACUCCAGCAUCCCGCUACUGAAACAGUUAUGAUGAAUCGCGACCGCCUAGUCUAGGGUGCACGCAACGCGAAAUGGGCCUUCAAGAAGAAAAGGAAAGCCUCCGGCCGUGGACGAGCGAAUGGGUCAAUCCAACGAUCGAUCGAUGCAUCGUCGUUUUAUUUCGCGUCCAAUUCGUUUGACUGAUAUCGAAAUCCUUCGUGUGGUUCUUAUUGGAAUGAACUAAUGACACGAUACAGCCGGAGAACGGUUGAAAAGUUUAUCUCAUUCACGGGUGUACGAUACGUUUGCAUUCUAACUGGCCUGUGUUGACCGUCUUGAUAAACUCGACGGAAUCGAGGAAAACAAGAAAUCUUGGAACGAUGCCGCAAUAAUCAACGAAGCAAAACAUAGGGAAAGAGGGAAAACUCGGUAACCGAACGUUCGUUCGUGCAUUGUUUUGUGCGAGAGUAUUCGAUCGCGAUAAAAGGCUGGUGGAAUGUUGAAACCGUAAAAUCUGGACGAAAAGUAUUCGAAAAGUAGACCUUCGGGAUCGACAGCGAAGAGAAGCGGCAGAGGAUUGGUCCGUUCCAUUGAAAAUAGUGCCAAAGGUGUGUGGUCAUUGGCCGUGCGGCUUACCCCCACGUGAAUCCGCAAGCUAUAUAGAACACCUCGCGUGGAAUUUCAUCUUCAGAACUGAGAGUCAGUGUCAAGGAAGUCUACCUGGAAGUAACGAAAAUGAAAUACAAUCAAUACGUGUCGCUAUGCUUGGUGGCGCUUGUUCUUGGACAAGCAGCAUCACUGCCACAGCAUCCUCAAUAUCCGCAACAGUUCCAACAGCAGGUGAGGGACGAGAGGAAAUUCGCGGAGAAGCCAAACGCCAUGAAGAAGGUCGCCCUCGAUGACCUGGACGACAUCAGCACCAAUCAGAUUCAAGAAGGUAGCAGUACCGGGUUUUCGUGGUCGAACAUGCUGAGCAUGCUGAUGCAGAUGCUCUUAGGUCAAACAGGCGGUGUAGCCGGUCCAAGCAAAAACGAGAUCGACGAUGGAGCACCAGCCAGUCCUUGGGCAAAUUUACUGUCAGUAGGACUCAGGGUGCUCACCGCUCUUCUAGGAGGUCCUCAACAACCUGUCGAUGGUAUCGACAAGGUUGACAACCAGAGCAGCCCCAUGCAGGGCAUUUUGACUGCGGUGCUGGGCGCGUUUCUAGGACAGGGCAGAGACCCCGAUCAGGUUGCUGUCAUGGCUAAAAACGCUUCCGAGUUCAUUAGCAUAGUGAUCAAUCUUCUGGACGCGUUGAAGACCUCGUUCUCUCAUCGUUCCCUGGCAGCUAGGUCUAUGGGAAGACGGGAUACGGUUUCAGAAGCUGCAGUCGCCUCCAUUUCCAUGCUCAAGGGCUACAUGAGGUCAGUGAAGUCAUUUAAUAACGUUGGUCGUGCGGAAGAUGAAGGUCAACGAGGCUGCGCCGAAAGAGCCCUUUGCGAGGCCAGCGCAGAGUGUGUUGCAGAUGCUCAGGGGACGUCUUCUAUCUUCUGUCAACUUGGAUCGUACGCAACAAGUUACCUGCUCCAAAGGCAGAGCGGAGUAGGUUUCGAAGCACUGUACGAAGCAGGUCGACGCGGACGCACCGGUGAAGACUGCAGAACCCUGUUCAUGGACUGCAACGCCGUAUGAAAACCCUUUUCGAUUCCUUCAAGUACGAUUUAGACUCUCUGCGACGCGAUUAACACCACACUCGGUUAUUUCUAACUUCUCUAAAUUAAACUCAACGAGGAAUUCCGUUUAAAAUGAUCAUUUCUUCGUUAAAAGUUUCUUUAUUAAUUUUUGGAGUGCCUUGGCCGGGUGUGUCGUGUGCUGAAGUUUAAAUCGCACCGACGGAACAGUAGCUUUAUACGCGAGAACCGUGUCGAGACCAAACCAGAAUGGUGAUCCUCUUCUCGAAGCUCUCGUUCGACGAACUCGCUUCAUCGAUCGACCAAUUUUAAAUUGGAACAUUUAGAACCGAGACUUAGUCGAAGCGAAAUUAUAACGAAAGUAAGAUCCGAUCGAAAUUGACGAAAUCAUAGGUUUUAUUGAUCGAUUAAUGAUCAAUUCUUAAUACAUUGUUGACCAGUCACGAGUAAACCCAUGUUUGCACGCACGGACAUUGUGGCUGGUGAUACAAGUGUUCAUCUUUGGAUAAAAUAUCAAAUAGUAUGCAUCAGUGUUUGCAUAAAAUAGCCAGCGAACAGUGUGUUAAUUUAUUGGUCGAUCAACGUGUCCGAUAGCGUUGCUAUUAAUUGGUCGAUAAUCCGUAACGAUUGAUAAAACUCUCCGAGUUCUCUGGGAUGUGGAAACGUUCCUGGCGGAUCCUGCGAGUUCAUUUACGUAAAAGGAGUUCGCGACAGAGAGGAAUACGCGUGAGAAGAGGCCGUGCACGAAAGAAUGGCGAGAGUAUAAUACACUUUAAAGUAGAUGUAGACUGAAUGAGAUUCCAGGGCCUGGACGAACUGUGUACCGUUUGGACAGGUCUAUACGACAAUCACGAUAUUUAUUUCUAUUUAUUGAACUUAGUGGACAUAGAGUUAGCCCGUAGUCGAGACUCGAACAGCUACCACGCAAAGGGAGGACCCGUUCUUUUCCUUGAAAACCAAUUAUCGUACGUUAAUUGUAAUAUCUGCAUUGUUAAUCUUUGUUUGAAUUGAAUCUGCGUUUUCUUUUUGCCACGAUCCAUGUCGACAUCUUCAAUAUUUAAUCUCUAGCUUGUUCGCAUUUAGCGAGACAGUUUCUUCGUUUCGGGGAGGAAGACGAGCUUUGAGUUGUCGGAUGUUUUACGUUUGGUAAAUCAGAUUGACGAGUUUCUUCGAAUCUUUUUCUGGCUUGUUUCAAUGGGAUUCGAGGAAAUUCGUAUGUUGGAAUGCCCCUCCCUAGUUUUCUUUUUUACGAGUUAACGUCUCAGGAUAUUGUGUUUGUUUUAUCACCCGCUCAAAAUUAUCUAUUGUAUAUAGGUAUUAUAUAUGUAUACACAUAAACACACACACAAACAAACAAACAAACACACGGGUGGAGUUUUUUCACAAUAGCCACGUUCUAUUUAGCUCAGUUAGCGUAUCUCUUAGACGUAAGUUGUAUGUAUGAUGUGCGGUACGAUGAUAUCUCAAUUGAAAUUAAUAAACGGUCUUAUUGAUAAA